CCCGGGCUCGAGCACUAAAGUGAAAACUGCACUGUGCGCGCGGGGAUGAUGACAGUCGCCAUUUUAUUUUGAAAAAUCAAACCGAACUGGAAGGCGAGCAACCAAAAAGGAAUGAAUAUCACAAAUACAUUUUGGGAACCAUGAUUCUGAACUUGAUGCCGCACUGAGGGACUUUACCUUGUAUCAAGAUCCACUGAUAGAAGUAGCUUGCUGUAAAACAUUUUCACACCUUGGGGGGGGGGGGCAGAAGUAACCUAUCACUGAAGUGACUAAAGGGGAAUAAUGGUGAUUUUGCGCCGGGCACGGCCGCCUGCUUCCGCCCCAACCAGCAAUGAAUCUUGACUCGCUCUCGCUGGCUUUGUCUCAAAUCAGCUACUUGGUGGACAAUUUAACUAAGAAAAACUACAGAGCCAGCCAGCAGGAUAUACAACAUAUUGUGAAUCGUCACGGCCCUGAGGCAGACAGGCAUUUGUUACGCUGUCUUUUCUCCCAUGUGGAUUUCAGUGGCGAUGGUAAAAGCAGUGGCAAAGAUUUCCAUCAGACACAGUUUCUGAUCCAGGAGUGUGUUUCACUGAUUUCAAAGCCAAAUUUUAUUUCAACACUCUGCUACACAAUCGACAAUCCCUUGCACUACCAGAAGAGUUUGAAGCCUUCCACCCACUUGUUUACUCAGUUGAGUAAAGUUCUCAAGCUAAGCAAGGUUCAAGAAGUUAUAUUUGGCCUUGCUUUGCUGAAUUCGUGCAACGCAGACCUUCGUGGUUUUGCCGUGCAGUUCGUCAAACAAAGACUCCCGGACCUCCUCCGCUCGUACGUGGACGCGGACCUUGGAGGAAACCAGGAAGGUGGCUUCCAAGAUAUUGCCAUAGAGGUCCUGCACCUGCUCCUCUCUCAUCUUCUUUUUGGACAGAAGGGAGCCAGCGGGGUAGGACAAGAGCAGAUUGACGCUUUCCUCAGGACCCUGUGCAGAGAUUUCCCGCAGGAGCGCUGCCCUGUGGUGCUCUCACCACUGCUAUACCCUGAAAAACUGGACAUUCUGAUGGACAGGAUUCUGCCAGACUCGGGAGAGUUGGCCAAGACCAUGAUGGAGAGUUCUCUCGCAGAGUUCAUGCAGGAAGUUGGCUAUGGCUUUUGUGCAAGUCUCGAUGAAUGCCGCAACAUAAUCCUACAGUAUGGGGUGCGAGAGGUUACUGCCAGCCAGGUGGCCAGGGUCCUGGGGAUGAUGGCUCGCACCCACUCUGGCUUGUCUGAUGGAAUCCCCCUACAGUCCAUCUCGGCUCCGGGCAGUGGCAUUUGGAGCGAUGGAAAGGACAAAGGUGAUGGCUCUCAGGCGCACACCUGGAAUGUAGAAGUUCUAAUUGAUGUGGUCAAAGAAGUUAACCCCAAUCUGAACUUUAAAGAGGUGACCUAUGAGCUUGACCACCCUGGCUUCAUAAUCCGGGACAGCAAGGGACUGCAGAUGGUGGUGUAUGGGAUCCAGAGGGGCCUGGGCAUGGAAGUGUUCCCUGUCGACCUAAUCUACCGUCCCUGGAAGCAUGCUGAAGGACAGCUGUCAUUCAUCCAGCACUCCCUCAUGAGCCCAGAUGUGUUCUGCUUUGCUGACUACCCCUGCCACACCGUAGCAAUUGACAUACUGAAGGCCCCACCUGAGGACGAUAACCGAGAGAUAGCCACCUGGAAGAGCCUAGACCUGGUGGAAAGCCUCCUGCGCCUCUCUGAGGUGGGCCAGUACGAGCAGGUAAAGCAGCUCUUCAGCUUCCCCAUCAAGCACUGUCCCGACAUGCUGGUGCUGGCGCUGCUGCAGAUAAGCACCUCCUGGCACACCCUGCGCCACGAGCUCAUCUCCACCCUCAUGCCAAUCUUCCUGGGCAACCACCCCAACUCUGCUAUCAUUUUACACUACGCCUGGCAUGGACAGGGCCAGUCCCCCUCUAUCCGUCAGCUGAUCAUGCACUCAAUGGCUGAGUGGUACAUGAGAGGGGAGCAGUACGACCAGGCCAAGCUCUCCCGCAUCCUGGAUGUGGCCCAGGACUUGAAGUCUCUAUCUAUGCUGCUUAAUGGUACUCCAUUUGCCUUCGUUAUCGACCUUGCUGCACUUGCCUCUCGCCGUGAAUACCUCAAACUUGACAAAUGGCUGACUGACAAAAUCCGGGAGCAUGGGGUGAGUGGUGAGCCCUUCAUCCAGGCGUGUGUUACAUUCCUGAAGAGACGUUGUCCCUCUAUCAUUGGUGGUCUGGCCCUAGAAAAAGACCAGCCCAAAAGCGCCCUCCUUCCCCCGGAAACGAUGGCUACCAUGCUGGGUUGUCUGCAGUCCUGUGCAGGGAGCGUCACUCAAGAGCUCUCCGAGACUAUCUUGACCAUGGCUGCCAACUGUAGCAACGUCAUGAACAAAGCCCGCCAGCCGCCACCAGGGGUCAUGCCAAAGGGACGUGCUCCCAGCACCAGCAGCCUAGAUGCAAUUUCCCCUGUGCAAGUGUCGGUGUCUCCUCUCCAGAUGGAUCCCCUGACAGCCAUGGGCUCCCUCAACCUGGGCAGCUCUGCCACUUCUCACACACAGAGUAUGCAGGGCUUUCCCACCCCGCUGGGCUCUGCUUUCAGCAACCCCCAGUCCCCAGCUAAGGCCUUCCCUCCACUGUCUAACCCCAGCACACCAUUUGGGGGGAUUGGAAGUCUCUCUUCACAGCUAGGUAACCCAGGUCCGCUGGGAUCAGGCAUUUGCUCUGGUAUUGGUUCUGGUCUUGGAAUGCCAGCGGUGAGCAGUGAUCCGUUUGGGACAAGGAAGAUGAGCACACCAGGCCUGAAUCCACCCACCUUUCAGCAGAGUAAGAUGGCCUCUGACCUAUCUCAGGUGUGGCCAGAGGCUAACCAGCACUUUAGUAAGGAGAUUGACGAUGAGGCUAACAGCUACUUCCAGCGCAUCUACAACCACCCCCCACACCCCACCAUGUCUGUGGAUGAGGUGCUGGAGAUGCUGCAAAGGUUCAAGGACUCCACCAUCAAGCGAGAGCGUGAGGUCUUUAACUGUAUGUUGAGGAACUUGUUUGAGGAGUACCGCUUCUUCCCCCAGUACCCUGACAAGGAGCUACACAUCACCGCCUGCCUGUUCGGGGGGAUCAUUGAGAAAGGCCUUGUCACCUACAUGGCCCUCGGACUGGCCCUUCGAUAUGUACUCGAAGCCUUGAGGAAGCCAUUUGGGUCCAAAAUGUAUUACUUUGGAAUCGCUGCUCUAGAUAGAUUCAAAAAUAGACUGAAGGACUAUCCCCAAUAUUGUCAGCACUUGGCCUCAAUCGGCCACUUUCUGCAAUUCCCCCAUCAUUUACAAGAGUGCGUGCAGUAUAUCGAGUAUGGCCAACAGUCACGGGACCCUCCGGUGAAGAUGCAGGGAUCCAUCACCACCCCAGGAAGCCUGGCGCUGGCGCAAGUUCAGGCCUUGUCUCAGCCUCCCAAAGCCCCCCAGCCUGGACAGCCCAGCACCCUGGUCACCACAGCUACCACCACCACCACUGUCGCCAAAAACACUACCAUCACCCGGCCUACCCCUGGCAGCUUCAAGAAGGAUGUGCCGCCUUCAAUCAACACCACAAACAUCGACACACUUCUAGUAGCAACAGACCAAACCGAGAGGAUUGUGGAACCCCCAGAAAAUGUUCAAGAGAAAAUUGCUUUCAUCUUCAAUAACCUGUCACAAUCCAACAUGACACAGAAGGUUGAGGAGUUAAAGGAGACUGUCAAAGAGGAGUUCAUGCCCUGGGUCUCUCAGUAUCUGGUCAUGAAGAGGGUCAGCAUUGAGCCCAACUUCCACAGCCUGUACUCCAACUUCUUGGACACCCUGAAGAACCCAGAGUUUGUCAAAAUGGCCCUGAAUGAAACUUACAGAAACAUCAAGGUUCUCCUUACCUCUGAUAAGGCAGCUGCAAACUUCUCUGAUCGAUCCCUACUGAAGAAUUUGGGUCACUGGCUUGGUAUGAUCACUCUGGCUAAAAACAAGCCCAUCCUGUACACAGAUUUGGAGGUGAAAUCCCUGUUGUUGGAAGCGUAUGUCAAGGGGCAGCAGGAGCUACUCUAUGUGGUCCCGUUUGUGGCCAAAGUCCUGGAAUCCAGUUUACGUAGCGUGAUUUUUCGACCCCAGAAUCCCUGGACGAUGGCCAUCAUGAAUGUUCUGGCAGAGCUGCAUACAGAGCAUGAUCUCAAGCUGAACUUGAAGUUUGAGAUUGAGGUGCUGUGUAAGAACUUAUCAUUGGACAUCAAUGACCUGAAGCCUGGCACCCUUCUGAAGGACAAAGACAAGUUGAAGAGCCUGGAGGAACAGCUCUCUGCACCAAAGAAAGAGGCCAAGCCCCCUGAAGAAAUGCUCCCUGUUGUUAGCACAGGUAUCCAGCACUUUCAAAUUGGGAUGCCCCUUGUCGGAGACUUUCUUCCAUUUGCAGCUGCGCCAUCCACUCCUGCCGCAACCACCACUUGCUCAGCUACUGGUCCCCCUACCCCACAGUUUAGCUAUCAUGACAUCAAUGUGUACGCCCUUGCAGGGCUAGCCCCUCACAUCAAUAUCAACAUCAAUAUCCCCUUGCUCCAAGCCCACCCUCAGCUGAAGCAGUGUGUGAGACAGUCCAUUGAGCGGGCCGUGCAGGAGCUUGUCCACCCUGUGGUGGACCGUUCCAUCAAGAUCGCCAUGACUACCUGCGAGCAGAUUGUCAGGAAGGACUUUGCCCUGGACUCCGAGGAGUCGCGCAUGCGUGUGGCUGCCCAUCACAUGAUGCGUAACCUGACCGCUGGCAUGGCCAUGAUCACCUGCCGGGAGCCCCUUCUCAUGAGUAUCGCUACCAACCUGAAGAACAGCUUUGCCGCAGCCCUCAGGGCUCCCACCCCCCAGCAGAGAGAGAUGAUGGAGGAGGCUGCUGCUAGGGUUGCCCAGGACAACUGUGAGCUGGCCUGCUGCUUCAUUCAGAAGACUGCAGUGGAGAAGGCUGGCCCAGAGAUGGACAAGAGACUGGCCACGGAGUUUGAGCUGAGGAAGCACGCCCGUCAGGAGGGUCGUCGCUACUGCGACCCUGUGGUGCUGACCUACCAGGCAGAGCGCAUGCCAGAACAGAUCAGACUCAAGGUUGGAGGAGUAGACCCCAAACAGCUGGCGGUGUACGAGGAGUUUGCCAGGAAUGUUCCAGGCUUCCUACCCAGCAACGACCUGUCUCAGCCCACUGGAUUCCUUGCCCAGCCCAUGAAGCAACAGGCAUGGGCCACAGACGAUGUGGCUCAGAUUUAUGACAAGUGCAUGGCGGACCUGGAGCAGCACCUCCAUGCCAUCCCCCCAGCGCUGGCCAUGAACCCCCAGACUCAAGCCCUGCGCAGUCUGCUGGAGGCAGUGGCCCUGGCCAGGAACUCCCGGGAUGGCAUUGCUGCUCUGGGCCUGCUGCAGAAGGCUGUGGAGGGUCUGCUCGAUGCCACCAGUGGUGCCGAUGCUGACCUGCUCUUGCGGUACAGAGAGUGUCACCUGCUGGUGCUCAAAGCCCUCCAGGACGGACGGGCAUACGGACCACAAUGGUGCAACAAACAGAUUACCAGGUGCCUGAUUGAGUGCCGUGAUGAGUACAAGUACAAUGUGGAGGCUGUGGAGCUGCUGAUCAGAAACCACCUGGUCAACAUGCAGCAGUACGACCUGCACCUGGCACAGUCUAUGGAGAACGGUCUGCACUACAUGGCAGUGGCAUUUGCCAUGCAGCUGGUAAAGCUGCUGCUGGUGGAUGAGCGCAGUGUGAGCCACAUCACAGAGGCCGACCUGUUCCACACCAUCGAGACUCUGAUGAGAACCAGCGCACACUCUAGGGCCAAUGCACCUGAGGGGCUUCCUCAGCUGAUGGAUGUGGUCCGCUCUAACUACGAGGCCAUGAUCGACCGGGCCCAUGGAGGACCCAACUUUAUGAUGCACUCUGGCAUCUCCCAAGCGUCUGAGUACGACGACCCGCCGGGCCUGAGGGAGAAGGCGGAGUACUUGCUGAGGGAAUGGGUCAACCUGUACCACUCUGCAGCCGCAGGCCGGGACAGCACCAAGGCCUUUUCUGCUUUUGUGGGCCAGAUGCACCAGCAGGGCAUUCUGAAGACCGAUGACCUGAUCACACGUUUCUUCCGGCUGUGCACAGAGAUGUGUGUGGAGAUCAGCUACCGCGCCCAGGCCGAGCAGCAGCACAAUCCUGCGGCCAGCGCCGCCAUCAUCAGAGCCAAGUGCUACCACAACCUGGACGCCUUUGUUCGCCUCAUCGCUCUGCUGGUCAAGCACUCUGGAGAGGCCACCAACACAGUCACCAAGAUCAACCUGCUCAACAAGGUUCUAGGUAUUGUGGUUGGAGUGCUGAUCCAGGACCAUGAUGUAAGACAGACAGAGUUUCAGCAGUUGCCUUACCACCGCAUCUUCAUCAUGCUGCUGCUUGAGCUCAAUGCCCCCGAGCAUGUGCUGGAGACCAUCAACUUCCAGACCCUCACUGCCUUCUGCAACACUUUCCACAUCCUGAGGCCUACCAAAGCCCCUGGCUUUGUCUACGCUUGGCUGGAGUUGAUCUCUCACCGGAUCUUCAUCGCCAGGAUGCUGGCACACACCCCUCAGCAGAAGGGUUGGCCCAUGUAUGCCCAGCUACUCAUUGAUCUUUUCAAAUACCUAGCGCCCUUCCUGAGGAAUGUUGAGCUCAACAAACCUAUGCAAAUCCUCUACAAGGGUACCCUGCGUGUCCUGCUUGUCUUGCUGCAUGACUUCCCAGAGUUCCUGUGUGACUACCACUAUGGCUUCUGUGAUGUCAUCCCGCCCAACUGCAUCCAGCUCCGCAACCUGAUCCUGAGUGCCUUCCCACGUAAUAUGAGACUUCCAGACCCCUUCACUCCCAAUCUGAAGGUUGACAUGCUCAGCGAGAUCAAUAUUGCUCCACGCAUCCUCACUAACUUCACCGGAGUGAUGCCCUCUCAGUUCAAGAAGGAUCUGGACUCGUACCUCAAGACGCGCUCCCCUGUCACCUUCCUCUCUGAGCUCCGCAGCAAUCUGCAGGUAGGGGGCGCCACUCUGGGUCCCUGGAAGUAUUUGCAGCACAACGACACAUCUUUAGACCAGGUGUCAAAUGAGCCAGGCAAUCGUUACAACAUCCAGCUGAUCAAUGCACUGGUGCUGUAUGUGGGGACCCAGGCCAUCGCACACAUCCACAACAAGGGCAGCACUCCCUCCAUGAGCACCAUCACUCACUCAGCCCACAUGGACAUCUUCCAGAACCUGGCUGUGGACCUGGACACUGAGGGGCGCUAUCUCUUCCUGAAUGCGAUUGCUAAUCAGCUGCGCUACCCAAACAGCCACACCCAUUACUUCAGCUGCACCAUGCUCUACCUGUUUGCUGAGGCCAACACGGAGGCAAUCCAGGAGCAGAUCACCAGGGUUCUUCUGGAGAGGCUGAUUGUUAACAGGCCUCACCCCUGGGGACUGCUCAUCACGUUCAUCGAGCUCAUCAAGAACCCUGCCUUCAAGUUCUGGAGCCACGACUUUGUGCACUGUGCCCCGGAGAUCGAAAAGUUGUUCCAGUCAGUGGCUCAGUGCUGCAUGGGGCAAAAGCAGGCUCAGCAGGUGAUGGAGGGCACUGGUGCCAGUUAGUCAGCAGGAGAUGCUAGGGCCAAACCCUCAAUCCCUGGACCUACCCCACAGAUGCCCCCCCCCCCUUCCCCUACAUUACUGUUAGCACUGGAUGAACUGGAAACGCUGAUUUGAAGUUUAAGGACUGCUGCUCAUAGAUCUGAGUUUUUUGGGGGGAGGGGGCCUGGAUAUGGAGAAGUUGAAUGCUGUUUAAUAUAAUUUUGAUGUAAAUAUUAAAAGGGAGAGAGCUCCAUGUCUGAAAGGAGUGUCCAACAAAUUAUCUAACAUGUAAAGAUGAUACGUGUACAGACACACAUUCACUCACUACCAAAGCCCUGUUUUGUCUCCUACAUUGUUCGUUUUGCAUAUUUCUUGACUGAUUUAUUUGCGUUGAGGCUUAAUGGAUAGUGGAUUUAAUAAAAAGCAGCCUAAUUUGAUUUGAGUGGGAAGAAAGGCAGUGCACUAGAUUCUCCUGGGUUCACUCCUUUAUCUGCUUGGGGUGUGGUGGGGGUCAAUGGUCUUUCCAUUUUAAAGUGUGUUAGGUUCUCCCUGGCACUUGGAAAAUUUGAAAUGACUAAUUGAACCUUAAUUUGUACAAAGAUCCAAAUUGUGGACCAAUACAGCCCAUUUUGUAAGGAUUUUGAAUGUUUUGUAAAUGUAUUGGUCCGUGUGUAUUUUGUAGUCCUUUAGUUCUUGCUACUUAUUUCCUGUAUGCAUACUGUAGUUAACUCAUUAAACAAUUCAACUGCA